GUUUCUUUGUGGGGGAUUUUUUGCUUCUUUCUGGUAAUCAAGUUGGAAGCUUUCUGAUUGGUUGAAGACCCACCCAGUCAUAACCCACGCCACCCACAUCCCGGAUUACUCUUUUUGAAGGUGAAGGCUUAUAGCUUAAAAGCUGAUUAAAAGUGUCUUUCUAUUAUUUUUUCCCCAUUGUUGCUGCUCUAUAUUCGGUAGUUCCAUCAUCCAUCUUUCGCAUUUUCGAAAUUAAUUAUUCUGCUUACCAUGUUCCAAAUUCUUUGCGGUUGAGAUGGAUUUUGAACAAAAAGUUCCAAUGAUAAGUAACUAUCUCUCUUCUUCUUCCUCCCACCCAUCAUUUUCUGCCGAAAAUGGAAACAUCAGUAAAAGAAAAAGAAGGCCACCAGGAACUCCAGAUCCAGAUGCAGAAGUCGUAUCUUUAUCCCCAAAGACUUUAUUGGAAUCGGAUCGAUACGUUUGUGAGAUCUGCAAUCAAGGGUUUCAGAGAGACCAGAACUUGCAGAUGCAUAGGAGAAGGCAUAAGGUGCCAUGGAAGCUGCAAAAGCGCGAAACGCCAAUAGUGAGAAAGCGCGUAUUCGUGUGUCCAGAACCUACUUGCCUUCACCAUGAUCCUUGCCAUGCUUUGGGUGAUCUUGUGGGAAUUAAGAAGCAUUUUAGAAGAAAACACAGUAAUCAUAAGCAGUGGGUUUGUGAGAAAUGUUCAAAAGGAUAUGCUGUUCAAUCUGAUUAUAAGGCUCAUCUCAAAACCUGUGGAACUCGAGGCCAUUCCUGUGAUUGUGGCCGUGUUUUCUCAAGGGUGGAGAGUUUUAUUGAACAUCAAGACUCGUGCAGUAUGGGGCAGCUCCGAGCAGAUUCACACGCAUUACAGUCUACUGCUUACCUGACCCGAACAGCGUCAGGCCCCAGUCCCUCCAGUGACUCCAAUCUCAGUAAUGUUGCACCAUGGCCUAUUUUCAUGACCAAUGUGUGUGAAAGUAGGAAUUCAAAACCUGCAUUUUUAGAGCUACAGCUGUUAACAAAACCCCAUGUUAAUGGAGAGGAACAGUCGAUGCAUUUGCAGCUGUCCAUUGGUUCAUCAGGAAUCUGUGAGAAAAACGAAAUGGAUAACGCAAAUAUAAGCAGAUUUUCUCCAAGGAAGAGUGGCACUAGCGAGAAAGUGUCGAGAGUUAAAGAACAAGAGCAAGAACUGUUAAGACUCGUCCUAGCUGAAAAAGCAUACGCUGAAGAGGCAAGAAUACAGGCUAAGCGGCAGAGUGAACUUGCUGAGCACGAAUUUGCCUGCGCCAAGAGAAUUAGGCAACAAGCGAGAGCCGAGUUGGAGAAAGCACAGGCCUUGAAGGAACACGCUAUUAUGAAGAUCAAUUCAACCAUUUUGCAACUCACUUGCCAUUCUUGCAAACAGAAGUUCCAAAAGGGAAUAACAGAAGCAUCGACUCCCUUCGAGAAUGCAUUCGGGUUGAGCUACAUAUCAUCUGCUCUAAGAGAAACCGCUGAUCGUUUAACAUUUUGUGAACUUUGAAUUCUUCAAUCUGUUCACGGUAAUUAACCCAUUUGCAUGCAUGUUUUGUAUUUCGAACUGGUGUAGACAUGUGAUUAGAAGCCUAGUGGGUGUCAUCGUAAGCGAGGAAUGUGUUUCUUAAUGGGUUCUGUAUUCAAAGAUUGCUCGAUUAGUUUGAUCAUUUUAUUUGAA